ACAACAGCUGUUGACGUUUACAGGCGAAUGCCCACUGCAAUUUUCUGUAUUCCGUGUUUUUGUUCCACUAAAAAGUGCAGGUUUAACUCCCCAAAAUGCAACAGCGCAGCUAGAAAGUGUGGACCAACCAGUAAACAUCCACUAGCGAAAUGUCACAGGCGGCAUCCACCACGCAGAGUGCGUCUGCUGCACCGGUGGGGGGCAGCAGACGCCCCAUGGCCAACGAUGUGGGCGUCAUGGGCACCACCAUGUCGGCCCGAUACGGCGAGACCGAGUGGGAAGCGCGAGAGUCCCAGCGGCAGCGGGAGUUGCAUGAGGCUCGAGCCAGGGCGGCGCAGAUGGAGAAGACCAUGAAGUGGUGGUCCGACUGCACCGCCAACUGGCGAGAGAAGUGGAGUAAGGUGCGUAACGAGCGGAACAAGGCCAGAGAAGAGUCCAAGCAGCUGAGCGUCAAACUGGACGUCGCCAUGAAGGAGUCACACUCCCUGAAGCGGGAAAAGAACGAUCUCGAGCUGCAGAUCACACAGCUGAAGAAGGAGAUGGAGAAGGUGCACACGCUGAUGAUGAAGCACGCCGGCCAGUUCCACCGUGCCGACACCAGCGAGGACGCGGAGGCCAAUGGUCGCGACGCCAACUGUUCGCCGGACAUUUCCUCGGAUGGUCUGAAAAAUAUCAACAGCGAGGACGGUUUGGUCACAAAGCUGCCCAACGAUGUCAAGGACCUGGACAUUGAGGAGUUUGCUAUGAAGGGCGCCAUGCCCAAGCAUCUGACGGAGUUGGAUGAGGCAGCGGCUGCCGAAGAAAAGCGCCUGAUUCAGCAGCUCUCCAAGGACGACUUCGACGAGGACUACUUGAUGCAGAAAAUAUCCAUGCUGCAAUUGCGCCUCGACGAGGCGCAGAAAACACUUCAGGCGGAAAGGGAUGAAAAGCUAGAGCUGCACAAGAGCAUUGAAAAGCUAUCGCUGGAGAUCCAGGAUGUGCGCGGCCGGCAGGAGGAGAUGCGUUCCGCCAAGCAAGAGGCUGUGCGCGAGCUUCUAACACUGCAGGAGCAGCAUCGCGCCGAGAUGCGUAUCGUUAACAACUCGUUGCAGGAGGAGAUUGCUGCGCGUGAAAACUUGGAGCGCAGGCUUACAGAGCUGCGCACCGAGCUGGAGCAUUUGCAGGCGGAGAAUGCCUCGGAAUGGGGCAAGCGCGAGCGCCUGGAAUCCGAGAAGUUGGCCAUGGAACGGGAUAACAAGAAGCUGCGCGCCGAGCUGCGAGACUACCAAGAGCGUUCCGACCGCAAGUGCCGUCCCAUGCAGGCAAACGACGUUGAGGUGCGAGCUCUGCAGCAGGAGCUCUCCGAGCGCAACAAGGAGAUAAGUGAGGUGAAGAUGUCGCACGCCAAGCUCAAAAAGCUGCUGGCCGAAACCAACACUGAACUGGGCCAUGCCGUGCGCCGUGCGGAGCAGUAUGAGGCGGAGGUCAAACGCCUUCGCCAGCGUGUUGAGGAGCUGAAACGAGAGUUAGCUGGAGCUGAGGACGAGCUGGAUUCGGCGGUGAACCAAGUGCGGCGAUUACAGCGCUCCAAUGACGAGCUUGUGGGCCAGACAGAAGGCCUCCAGAUGCAGAUUCAGCAUCUACAGAAUAGACGUGCCCCGAGCCCACAGCUGCGGGGAAUGGGCGGGGUGCAGCUCAGGAAUAAAAUAGCCGUGGAGCUGCCCAACGACUGUCUGCCGAACAUUAACGACUUGCGUCAAAUCUUCGAUGACUCGCAGGCUGGCUUAAGGAGCUCCCACAAUGGUAGCGAUGCAGCGGCUCAUCAUGCUGCCUCCGUCAAGAGGUCAAGUCACACGGAGCGAACGCUUCUCCAGCAGCAGCAGAGCAGUUCUGCUGCCUCGGCGGCGGCGGCAGCUGCAGCAGCGGCGGCAUUCUAUGAUGCCAAGCCCACGCAUUUGGAGGAGAACAUCUUCGAGUCAAAGUCGCGAAAUCUAGAGUUUGAGCGGGCCAAGCAAAAGUUCGAUAAUCCCCACGGACAGCACCACCACCAUCACCAGAGACAGCGAUCCGGAAAUGGGCGGUAUGGGAGUGCUGGCAGCAAUGCCAGCCGGGCGAAUCUCGCUCUGCCGCUCAAGGGAAUGACAAACGGCGGCAGCAGCAGCAACGCUUCCAGCAAGGAUGAGCUAAACCGGCAGCUGUACGAGGCGCAUGAGAAGGAGCAGUCGGCAGGGGUGGGCUAUGCCAGGAACAGCAUUAAUCUUGAUGGUCUCAAGGUAUCCGAUGAUGAGACUCCGUAGCUAUGGUUCGACAAGCUUGUUGCUGGACGAUGAGACUGAGGGCAACAGCGAUUGAGACCUAAAGAUCCAAGACAUUCGUGGGACGGACAGCUAAUGGUAUUACACAUUUAGUAUUCAUUUGGAAAUAUGUACUUUAAAGUUGGUGGAGCAUCAGAGUCCCAAAUAUGAACCAUUAUCCUAGCUUAUAUUUGGGGCUAUUACCAACUGGUUCCUUAGUUGAUUUGUAAGUACCUAAGUAACAACAUUCGCGAUUACGUAUUUCAAAAUCGAAAAUAAUUUAUAACCUUAUACAAUUACUUACGUAAGCAUUAAGAUAUGUUUAAUUUUGCACCACUAAUUCCCAUCAAAAGAUAAGCUUAUAUCUUGAACAAUAUUCCAUUUAAGUUAAGGAUAACUUCUCAAACUGCUUCAUGAGUCUUUCUCAUCAUCCUCAUCGAAAACCCUUUGCCUUGAUUAAACAAAUUAACAGACUUUACAUCAGAUAUACCUACAAAACAUAUAUACGUAUUGAAGCAUAAUAUACAGGUGUUCGAUUGUUGCGGAAUACAAAAUUAGUGCCAGAGAUCUAUAGAAAUUUUACGAGAUUUAAUAGGACAUUAGCAAUAUGCUGCUGACCAAAUUAAACGAUUAUCUUUGAUCCUAGUCCGAAUUUCUUUUAUAUUCUAAACAUUUUUGGAAAACUUGUAGUUUUUUUUGGCAGCAUAUUCGAUCUUAUACAAAAUACAUGAAAACAAAUUUAAAAUACAAAUAUUUACGUAUCAAAACAUGGUAAUCUUAGCGGUUUAGUUCGUGAAUAAUAAUCAUUUUUACUCUUAUUUAAAACUACUUAUAUUAAAUACACAAAAUAUGCAAAUAAAGCUAGUAUGUUACGAAUAUUAAGCAA